UCAGGUUGUAAACACAGACUGUUGGGUAUUGGCGGGACUGUGAGUGACUUUCCUUCUCCAAACUAUAAAUAUAAUCAAGCUAAGAUGCCCAAAAGACCUUGUCCAUUCGAGGAGUCAUUGAGCCCACUGAUGAAGGUCCACAUAGGAGAGAAGGAGGUGGAGUGCGGGGUAAUGAGGAGAGACAAGAUGAAGGCAGUGUAUGAUCGAACAUUAAACCUUUUGUAUUGUGGAGCUAAAAAUGUGACGAACAACAAUGCUGUGGAGAAGAUGGACACCAGUCCCACCAAACAGAUGAAUAACAGCAGCUGCCCCAACCUCCACCAGAUGGUCCUCACCAGUAGUGGAACUCUAGUCAGGUCUCUCCCAACAUCACAGAGAGUGACACCCCAGCCAGACACACCUAGUUCAUGUGUCAGCUGUGGAGCUGUGUCGUCUGUUCCUCGGCCACCUUGUACUUACUGUGAGUGUAAGCUGUGUGACUCCUGCAUGAGAUCCUGUCAUUUCUGUGGAGGAAAUUUCUGUCCAAAAUGUUCUCUGACUGUAUAUCUUCAAGAAGAAAAAAAUGUAUGUUUAAGUUGCUGUUAGACUGUAUGUAAAAAUGUUUAAAUAGUAUAUGUAAUUAGGUUUGAUUUCUUGAAUAACAGUGUAAGUUUAGUCCCACAGUUACAGUGAUGUUUGGUACUGCAAGUUUUCUCCCUUUAUUAUCAACAUGACCAGUGGUUGUUAUUUUAUGAGUCUCAAGUCUUUGCUUUCGUAGUGCAGUACAGAUGAUAAUGGCUGCACAUAUACGGUGGCUUUUUUAGUGAACUGUACAGGUAUACAGUUCCCCAAUUUACAACUGUUUGAUUUUAAUACAGGUAUCACUCACUAUAUAAACGUUCGAGAUCCAAAAAUUUGUUCAUACAAAUUUCCUAAAUUACAAUCUCCCUUUCAUGUUAUGAAAGCUUCCCCGCAUAUACUAAUAGGGUCCUGGCAAAAAUUCAUAUCAUGCACCCCAAGGAGUUAAUUUCUUGUGCAUCUCCUAAAUUAUAAUGAAAAUCAAUGCAUAAAUACACCUUGAUUUACAAUUAUUCAGUUCAUGACAAGGUUUUCAGGAACACAGGCUUAUUGUAAAUACAGGCCUGCCUGUACUGUAUUGGAUGUGACCAGACACAUGUCUUAUUGAUGUCAAAUCUGCUUAAUUAACAUAAGCAUGAUAAUGAAACCUCCUAUGCAGUUUUACUAUUUUAAUUGAUUGUAAUACUGUACUGUACUGUACUGCAUAGUCUUCCUCUGCAUUAUUGAACAAAGUGGUUACAUAGCAUGUAACUUUUUUAAUUGUACUGUAUUGCAUAAAUUCCUUCAUUUUGGGUCAUUGUCAAUCAUGCCUUACAGGAUUUUGGGAUGUUCAGGUUUCAUUAAACUUUGAUUAUAGAUGA